UGGCAUUGUUAUUUACCUAUUUUAUAUUUAGCUAUUUCCUCGUUUUUUGGGGGGGCCUAAACAAUUAAAACCAACAUUCUAUUUUUUGUUUAGGUCCUUUAUUAUCAAACGUAAACAUCCUCACAAAAAAUUUCCUUAAAUAUUUAAUGAAAUCUAGGCUAAUCAGUAUUUUUUGGUUCAAGUAACUACUUGUUUUAAGACAACUAUCUGAGCAGGUAACUUACAUUUUUCUUUCGACAAGAGAUUAGUGAAAGUGUUAAGUUUACUAGUUUAGUGAAUGAGAAUGAUUGUAUUAGCCAAUUUUGGAUCUGAAUCAGAUCAGAUAGAGAUUUUGGUAAUCUGCCACUUAAGUUUCGGUUAUGAAAAAAAACGUGUUGUUGCAAUUUGAAGUGCCAUUUAUAAAUAAGGUUAUCAUUUUAUUGAUGUCCAAUGCCAAUAUUCAUAUGGACAGUAGAUACUUAACUUCAUCUAAGUAGAUACUUUGAUAACAAAAUUAAAACUUAAAAAAAAAAUAAACCAAUGACAUAGUUGAAUAGAGCUAAUUUUUAAAAGAAUUAUAAUACCAAAAUCAUAUUUUUAGCUGUUGUAGUUUUAAAGUUAUGAAUUUUUAAAGUACGACUUAAUUUGUCCUUUUUUAACAUGGACCCCAUCUCCACAUUCUGUGACCCAAUUCCGCUGUUCGCGUCACGAGCUAUAUAACUCUUGUUUUAAUGAUAAUUUUAUUUUCAGAACUAAUGCUGUAUUAAAAAAAUAAGUUAAAUAAUGUUAACAAUUAUAGAUAAAUUGUAGCUUAUCUAACUAUGCAUUAUUUCUAUCAGUAAAUUUAAUAUAAUGUAUUAAUCUAUGGCUUUUCUGUUUACCAAAUCUACGACGUCCUUUAUACCAAUAUUUGUUAUAUAAACUAUAUAGUCUAUAUAUUAUAAGGCAACUCAUGCCCUAAUUACGAAAAUACUGUUUGGGAACUAUUGAACUUUCAACUUUGUUACAUGACUAAUUAAUUAAAGCUUUCCCUGACCUAGUUGAAUAGUUUUUGCACACGGAAAACUUUUAUGAAUGAAAUCUCUGAGAUAGUAGUAAAUAAUAGCCCUUAUGCAAGUCACUGUGAAUGGCUGCCAUGACAUUUUGCACACGGCGAAUUUUGAUCAUGUAUAAUAUGGACUCUACCGGGUUUUUUAACCUCAAAUUAAAAUAUUAUUCUUUCAAUAACAUUUAAAUUCAUUCUAAAACAUAAGUUAUCAAAUAUUUUGAUGUAAAUAGUGGAAAUAAUUAAAUAUUUCCUAAGUAACGGCGUCUUCCGCCACUGAAAGGGGGCGUGGCCACUUCCUUAUCGAAAUUGGGCUGAGCUACAUUACCAUAUAGGGGUUCACUCAAGUGAGCAUAACAAGUGAUCGACAUGUCCUAACUCAAUGAGAAUUGACACAAAUACACAUCGAUAGAUAAUACAGAAUAAGACUUUUUUUUAAAGACAUAAAAGUUGAACUUCUAUACGAAUUUUAUAGUGAAAGAUGCCUUAUAUUUACAGGGGAAUCUCAAAAUACAGGUCGAUUGAAAAUUUUUUAAAAAAGCAAUGUAAAUGUAGGCCAACAUGUCUACCUAAUUAUAAGGCCGGAAACGGAACUCAAAUAUAUAUAGAAAGCACUCAUUUAAUAAUAAAUAGACACACACAUCGGAAAAUUAAAAACUCGGAUUUUUCGGCGCCGAUUGCCAUUUCCGAUACACAAAAAGUAGUAGCCUCCCUUGGUUUACCGAAGUAUCUAAUCUAAGCAAGGGACACUCCCAGAAAAUAACAAAAUUUGUAUCCGAAAUGGGCGUCUGCCCAAUAGAAUACGAGUUUUUAAUUUUUUUUAUAUGCAUGUAAUUUUAAUAAUACACAGGAGUCUUUUUGGUCCAUAAUUUCGGUCUGACUCCGCCAAUUCACAUUAGGAGAAAUAUUGACCUACAUUCCCAUGGAGUUUUUUUGUUCUUUAUAUCAACUUCAAGUGAGGAAAAUCGUAUGUCAAUAAGGCAUCUUUCUCCCAAAAUUUUUGUAAGAAAUUUGAAGAUCAUGUCUUUCAUGCUAAAUUCUGAAAAACACAAUAUAUUGAUGUAUUUGUAUGCAAAUUCUCAUUGAUGUAGGUCAUGUCCAACGUUUGCUAAGCAUGUCCAAGUAACCUGCAUUACCAUAAGGUCGCUCAGCCUAAUUUCGACAUGGUGUUGGCCACACCCCCUUUUUAAUGGCGGAAGUUGCCGAUACUUAACUUAGGAAAUAUUUAAUUAUUACCACUAUUUACAUCAAAAUAUUUGAUAACUUAUGUUUCAGAAUGCAUUUUGAAUACAUUUAAACAGGAAUGUUUUAAUUUGAGCUUUAAAAACCCUGUACAGUCCAUAUUAUAAAUGAUCAGAAUUUACCGUGUGCAACACGUUGUCAUUGGCAACCAUUCCCAACCACUUGCAUAGUGGCUGUAUCGUAGUAUUACCUCAGAGUUUCAUUCAUAAUAGUUUGCCGUGUGAAAAAACUACUAUACCAUUGGUCAGUGAAAGCUUUAAUUAAUUAUUCAUGUGCCAAAGUUGAAAGUUUAAAAUAAGUCGACCCUAAUCAGUAUUUUAGUGACAAGGGAAUGCUUGCCUUAUAUAAACUAUAUAGCCAUUGCGCAAGACGCGAGGUUUCAUCCAUAGUAAAAAAUACCAAACGAACUCACACGUUAAAAAUUCAUUGCUCAAAAAGUACUUAAGCUAAAAAGUUGAUUCUGGUUUCAUUUUUUUUAAAAUUUGAAAUUUGCUCUAAAUAACUGUAAUGUCAAAAAAAUUAUUUUGAAUUUUUAAAUUUUUAACUAAAGUAUCUACCGCGGAGAGGGCCACCGGGUUUUCAGCGGCAUAGGCAUAGGUAAAAUUAUUUAGUGAUUUAAAUUUAUCUAUUUUAAAAAUGUGUUCUUCUUUAUAUGAAUAUUCACUGAAAUUAAUUUGUACAAUUUCAUAAGAAACAUUUCCAUUUAUUUGGAUCCAUAAAAGAAUUUCAUCUUGUCAAUAAAACAAUAUUGGCAAUAACCCUUUAAAUUUAAAUAAUCAAGGCAGUGUCUACACGUCCGGCGCGCCACACGUCCGGCGCGCCACACGUAUAUCUCCCGCAAUAUUUGUCUGGCGACCAAGUCACAUGACCGUCGGAAGAAUACUUUAUCGAGAUAUUCGUCCGGUGACCAUGUCACAUGACUGCCGUAAAAAAGUGGCGCAAGAUAUUUGUCUGUCAGCUUUGUCAUGUGACCGUGAAUGAUUCAAAACUAUUGUUUAUUUUUAAAUCUAUUUCUCUACCAAGUAAUUUACUGAGUAUCUUGCAAACAAAUAAUAGAAUAUAGAAUAAUAAAAGUGGGGGUUAAGCAAUAAUGCAUUCUAAAAGGAAGCAAUGCUGAGAGGGAGAGAGAGUUACGGUAAUAAAAAAAUAUGAAUGCUAGAAAAAUAAUAGUGAGGAAUGGUUCACAAGGAAAUAGACCCUACAUCUUAAUACAGAACCGAUAUAGUGGUAGCCUAGCCUACUUCUCAUGCAAUACUAAAUACUAAUCCUGAAAUACAACUAAUUGACAUAGGUCUUUGAAGAGUUGCAAUCAAAUAGAUUAGUAAUAGUAGUAGUAAUAAUAGUAGGUCUACUACUAGUUAGUAUAUAGGCCAACUAGUUUAAUAUUCAAAGUCAAACACUAUAUGUAUCUCAAAGCAUUUGAAUAUAUUGACAUGUUUAGCAUUUAUUUAUUAUCUAGGGAUCAGCUGACUAAUAUAAUAUGUACUAACUAACUAACUAACUUAAGAAAAUCAGCGAACACAGAGCCUUGAGGCUCAUAUGGUCCUCCCCAACGCACCACCCCGCCAACCAAACCGGCCGUCAACCACUCCCCCAGUGGUCUUUAUUCCGAUCGGGCCGCGAAGCGGCACGCCAGGGACGCUCCGCCCCUAAGAUUCAACCACUCCCCCAGUGGUCUUUAUUCCGAUCGGGCCGCGAAGCGGCACGCCAGGGACGCUCCGCCCCUAAGACCGCCACACCCGACCUCCACUCGAUUGGCCGCUGAGUGUGGCAGCCCCAGAGAAGAAACACCUGGCCAGCCGGAUUGCUGCUCACGCAGCAACAGGGCCGGACUUUCUAAGGGGUUGGGGUGGAUAUUUAACGUCUCUAAAGUCCCCCCUUACCACCCCGGGGGGACCGCGUAGUUGUCUCAAUAUUGGAAUAUCAAAUGCAAUGCAACUAUUUUGCCUGAUUUUUUCAUCAGUGACACUCAGUAGUAGAUUACCAAGAUUUUUUAGUCUUCUGUAUUAGUAAUUAGUCUUACUAAUCUUAACUUAGGUUUAGCACUUUGGCCUAAAGACUAACAAUAUGCACAAGCCUAAGCCUAAUAGUUUAUUUUUUUAUAAUAUUAAUUAUUUAUUCAUUCAGUGAUUGUUGAUUAAUUCUGUCAAAUCUUAAAUUGACUUUGAAUCAUUUUAGUAAAUUUACGCAAUCCGAACUUUUCAUUUCACCUUGUUUUUUUGCACUACUUUUUAAAUUUUUUUUAUAUCACUGGCGCCAUCUUUGUUGCCAUGACAACAGACAUAUCUGAGCAAGAAAGGUGGCGACUGUGUAAAAAAAUAAUUUAACUCUCGUAACAAUCCAAGAAUAACAAAAGGGAGAUAAUCCUACACAGAAACAGAGUGGAAGAGAUUGCAUAAAUUAACAUAUUGUUUCCGUUCACAUUAUCAAUUUUUCAUCAAAUUUCUUUUUGAAUGCACUAUACUAUAUAGUUAAACAAAAUAAUGUGUUCAAAAAGAAAUUUGAUGAAAGUUUGAUUGUGUGAACUGAAAAAACUUCCAUUCGAUCAAAUUUCAGUUCGAUCAAACUUCCGUAGAUCAAUUUUCCAUCUACAAAAUUUCUUUCAAACAAAUUUCCGGAUAAACCUAAAAUGGGUAGAUGUGAGUUGUUACUAUGCCAUGGGACUUAAGCCGUUUGGCAAAGUUAUCUGUAGGUUUGGUUGUCUAUGUGCUCAUGUGUACUUAUGGUCACUUGUCAGUGGGUUCCCUUUUCAUGUGUUUAAAUGUCUUAUGGUCACUUUUCCCAUGUUAAAUUGUCUUGAAAUCCCCUCCCACAAUCCUUCAAGGGAACAUCAUCUGUUACUGUUAUGCAUAACGCACUGGGGGGGGGGCUCAAUGCCAAGUAUCUGUGUCAUUAUAAUACAACUAUCCACCAAAGAUUGUCAAUACAUAUACAAAGCUGGAAAUCCAUUAGAGAAGAGAAGAAAAACUGGAGGUUUAUCAUUUUAAACACUUAAAAAAAAUAAAAAAUCUUACCUUGUUCCUAUUACACAAAUUUAUGAGUCUGUGUAAGGGGGGUGUGAAGGGUGGAAGUUGCACCAUCAGUUAAUACUUCAUCGAAUGACCCUGCUUGUAAGCUGACACCUCUGAGUCUGUCUUAAGUGCAUAUUUUUUUUACCUUACUUUUACCAUAUGAAAAUUGCUUUUUACCUGAGAUUGAGUUGUGCUCAUGGCUAAAAAUUCUGUCUUUUGAUUGGUAAGAAAUAAAAACAAUGUUAACAACUUCUUACAGCUAUGUAACAAAUAUUACCUCAUUGAAGUACAAGUAUGCAAUUGAUUUCAAUCCAGUUGCCAUUUCACUAUACAUUUCACAUAACCAAAUUUCCAUUCUAUGAUACCCGUAUAGUGAAUAGGAGAUUAUUUUUAGAAAAAAUUAUUUUGCUAUGUUAAUUUGUCAUUGAAUUGCGUGGCCGCGCAGCUAUCUCACAGACGCUGUGCUGCAGUUUUGAGUACGGCGCAGCAAAUUUCGAUAUCAGUUUGUGGGCUGUAAAAUUUUGCGCACAAAAAAAUUGAUGCUGUAAAACUUUGCACACGAACUAACAAACCUUAGAGGGAACAUUGAUUGCAACAAGAAGAAUUAAGUACGAAGGAUAAAAAAAACUAACGCAAUGAGUGGCUAAAAGUGUUUAAGUCAUGAUAAAUUACUACCAACUGAAAACUUUAUUGUAUUUUUAUUAUAUAUUAUAUUAUAUUUGUUAUAUUUCAGCUCGAAUGAACAUCUUGCAUUAUGUCACUAAGCAACAGGAGAUCUCUCCUAAGUUGAAGAAACUUAAGAGCCUUUGUGAUGCAGAGUCUGGUGAAGCUGAAUCUGCAAAUGGAGACCAGAAGUCAGAAAAUGGAUCAACUGCUGGGUCAGGAUCAGUCUAUGCAAAAGAGGAACUGGAAAAACGACUAAGUCCUGCUCAGUAUCGGGUAACCCAGCAACUAGGAACAGAAAAGUGAGUGAAUUUUAAUAUUUAUGUGAAUACUUUAUUUAAUAGAAAUAAAAGAGUAAAUUUGGCAAGUUUUAAGUUCAUUUUAGUGUUAAUUAAUUUUUUUCUUUAGAUUUUUUAUAAUCAUCAAAUUUAUGUUAUUUUUUCCUUAAAAAGCUUAAUAAAAAGCAAAGUUUACACAGCUUUGCUAAAAUGAUGAUUGAAAUAUAAUUUUCAGACCAUUCUCUGGCAAAUAUGUCAAGUGGAAAGAAGAGGGAGUCUUCAACUGCAUAGUCUGUGGAUCAGCUCUCUUUACGUCUGAUACUAAAUUUGAUUCAGGAUCAGGCUGGCCUGCAUUCUAUGAUGUGAUAUCAAAGGGAAAGGUGCUUCUUAAAGAAGAAAACAUAGGAGGUUGGUUAUAUUUUAAAACCACUUCCGUUAUCAUUAACUCUUUCGCUGUGGUGCAAUGCACAGUACGUUCAUUUGCCGUGCUAAGAAGCACGGACGAACGGCUGUGCAUUGUUUCAAUAUCAUGGUUGUUCCUUUGCUAUUUCUCGGUUAAACAUUUUAAGAGCUAUUUUUUACUAAGACUUUUACAUAGAAGAAUGGUACUUCAUUAUUUAUGAGCGAAAACAAGGUUAAUUUGUUGUCAUUUUAAGCAUUAUUUAUUUAUUUUUUCGCUGUUUUUCUUUUCUUUAUCAAUACUGUUGCUAUGGCUACCCUAGCCCUUAGUCGGGUGAUUAAGUUUCCUAGACAUCAUCAUGUCCUUGGACCGUUGGGGCGCCACAGAUGACAUGUGAACUAUCCUCCUCCAGUGGUCUCUGUCUUCUGCACUACACACAUCAUCGCCCAGUGUUAGUCCUGUCCACUCUUUGAUGUUAUCCUCCCACCUUUUUCUUUGUCUUCCUCUUCUUCUCCCUUCUUUUGUGGUGCCCUGCAAUAUUUCUUUGGCAAGGCCUUGUUUCCUUGUUACGUGGCCAUACCAUUGUAGUUUGCAUUUUUUCUCAGUUACUAGACUGUAUAAAUAUAGAUAUAUAUACACACACAUGUAUAAUAUAUAUUCAUACAUAUAUGUAUCUUAAAUUGAUCUCCACCUAUUGAUAUUAUUCCUGGCAUGAAUGACAAAUUCAACAUUGAAUUCCAUGUACUAAUUAAUCCCUUAGAUUAGUAGAGACCGACAAAGUUGAUGUUCUGAUUAUGACCAAAACCAAAAGCUUAAUGAGACUUUUGACCGAAGCAGAAACUGAAAUAUUCAGAUAUUUUGAAAUUAGUUCACACAUAAAUUCUACAUACAUCGAAAAUGAUGGGGGAAAGUAUCAAUAUUUACAGUCUUUUUAUAAAAAAUGAGAUCAUCGUGAAUAUGUUUACCAUUUGCGACCUGCAAGACAACAUUUUGCAGCCCACUACAUGACAGCAAAGUUUAGUGUUAAUGCAGCUGGCACAUUUUCCCCAUUCUCAUAUCUAUAAUGUGACCCUUCGCGACGGUUUCAGUUGAACUUCACAGACUAGUCUAAUGCUGAUUUUUUUUUUAUGUUUGUAUAUAUUUGUAUGUUGAUUAUAAUGGUGAGAACCUUUUUAAAAUCGGACUAAAAGUUUUUAUUUUAUAGCAUUUUAUGAGGCAAACAUGGUCAAAUUGUGGUUUUGAGAAAAGUUUAAAAGGUCAGUUUGUGGGUAAUGCACAACCAUAAGGAUCCCUAUUAACAUUGCCGCUAGUGUUUACGAGUCAGGGAAAAUCCGAUCCUGUCUGCUUGGUCACUUUCAAAAUGGGGUCAAAAAGGUCUUUUCUAGGAUAAAAAAUUCCAAUUUUUUUCUCCCUACUUUAGCAUCUUCCUUCGCAUAAAUAAUUAAUAAAUAUGGCCUUCUGCUUCCUACCGUUUGAAUAUGUUUUAGUCUUUAAAGCCUUCAUGGAGAAUGAUGGGGUGGUUGUUCCUGUACUAAGUGAUCCAAAAUGGCUCAUGGACUUGGCUUUUCUUUUUGACAUUACACAUGAGCUGAAUGUACUCAACAAGAAGUUGCAAGACCAGUGGUAGCUUGUCAGUGUUGCCUAUGACAGUGUCAGGGCAUUCUGCUCAUAAUUGUGUUAUGGUUCUUAGAGAAACCUCUGCCAUUUCCCAACAUUCAUAGUACUCAUUGACUUGGGCGCACCAUUUAGUAGUAAGUAUAUUGAUGACAUUGCAAAGCUACUGGAAGAAUUUGAUCACAUUUUUUAGAUUUCAAAACACAUACAGCCACUUUUCAGCUUUUUGCUGACUCUUUCUCCUUUAAUGUGGAAGAUGCCUCCCACCUCCUUUUUUUGCACUUCAAAUGGAGCUGAUUGAUCUUCAGUAAAAUUCUAAGUUCAGGGAGGUUAAUGGACAUUUUAUGAGAGCAUUUCCCUUCACCUUCUCUGACAUUUCCAGGUUGUUCAAGCGAAUCAUAUGUCUUUUUGGGAGUACCUAUCUGUGUGAAAAGCUCUUUUCCACUAUGAACUUUAAAAAAUUCAGGGCCAAACUCACUGAUGAGCAUCUUCAAACUAUACUGAAGGUCUCAGUUGCUUCCUCACUCAAGCCAAAUGUUGCUUAGAUGUGUAAGAAGAAGCGCUGCCAGAUCUAUGGCAACAAUAAUCUGCAUGGUUUGAAAGGGUUUUUAAUUAUUUUAUGUGCAUUAAUUGAGUUACUGUUAACUAUGAAAACUUGUUUUUGCAUACAGGUCUUCAAAGGAUGGAAGUCAAGUGCAGAGAGUGCAACUCACAUUUGGGACAUGUGUUUGAUGAUGGUCCUAAGCCAACAGGAAUUAGGUAUUGUGUCAACUCUUGUUCUCUUGACUUUCGUAAGCAUACAACUGUUUAAUCAUCCAGUCAAUGCUGAAAAGUAACUUGAACUUAUUUAUAAUAUUGAUGGAGGCAAAGUAGUACCACUGUAUUCUAUGAGACUUCAAUGAAGGUUUUUUUUUUUUUUUACACUUCAAAUUUUUAAAAGAGCUACACCAUCUUUACUUCAAAAGGAAAUGUAAUAAAUAGUGUUGUAUUAUUGAUGAGCUCUGCACACACAUAAAACUUAGCUUUCUCAAUUUUUAAAUAUUUAUUUGAACAUCAAAGGUAAUAAGGCAGCAGGCACUAAAGAUACAAAUGUUGCUUGCUUUUAAACUGACUUUUAAAAUCUCUAUAUUUGUCCCCCCCUAAAUUUAAUGCUUGAUCCAUGAUUACUAUAGGAAAUCAAUUUUAUAUCUGAUCUUGUACACCGCAGUUUAGUCUCUUGUGCGAUUUUUGUUUUGUUUUUAAGGUCUAUAAACUGUUAAAGUGUUCAGUUGCAAUAUUUGUUAUUUUUACCUUUUUGUUACUUUUGAAACAUGAUCAUUAUUGUUAAAAGGUUCACCUUGUAUUUGGUACACAGCAUUAGUUAUUUCACCCGUUUUAUACAGUAUUCAACAUUUUAAAAUAAAAACUGCUUGUAUUUAACUGAAAUGAAACUUUUGAUAAAUGCCUGGCAACAGUGUGGUCACAUGAACGUUACUUCUUUUUAAAAAGGGAUGCAGGAUACUGUAAUUACUAUUAUUGUUAUAAUUUAAAAAAAAUAAGAACACAAUAUUUUUUAUUUCAAUGAGUCUUGUUUUGUCAAAAUUUUGUUUUAUUUUUAUGCACAUAUUAGUCACUUAGAAAUAUUACUCUUAGUUAAUGCUUUAAUGAGUUUAUACUAAUAGCAACUUGUGUAAUAGUGUAUGAAAGGUAACUUAUACUUGAAAAUGCCAGCUGUUGCUUUCAUUAUUAUGUACAUAGCUGAGCUUCACAAGUAUGCUACGGUUUAAUCCGUUAAGUUUAGUCUGUUUAAGAUUAGGUCCACUAUGGAAAGAAAGAAGAAGAAACCUUAUCCGUGGACUAGAGGUAACACAGGUUCAACUCUUCUGGAGUGUUAAAAAGAGAAAAGAUUUGAUCAUUGUGUUAAUUGAUGUGUGUUAUCAUAAUCUUGCAUAAACUGUAUUUGCUUGGGGAAAAUGUUGUGUUUCUGCAUUAAUAUUAAAUAAGUUAAAUACCCAAUGGUGCUAUGCAAUAAAAGGCUUUCAUCAAUUACUGUUACAAUAGAGGAGAUGCUUUAGGAAAUGUUAAUUUUUUAUUCAAGUCCCAACAUAAGGGUUUAUGGGGUAGUCAGUGCUGAUAAAAUCUAGACUGCCCAUCCAAUAAUUUACUUGUUCAUCUGGGCUCUACUGGACAACGAACUGAAACUGAUUGUGAAAACCCAACAGCACAUCAUAGUAAAGGAGAAAGUAUUGUUUCAGCCCUGAAACAGGGAUAGUAUUUUUAAAAUUGUUUUGGGUGAACUCUAGACCUUAAACGAGCUAAACUAAGAUUUAUUAGUAUUGCACCAGCAAAAGGUUCUUUGAUCAAUAAUAAAAUAUAAACUUGGACCCUGCACAUAGUGAAAAAUGUCCAUCCGGUAGAGCCCAUCCUUAGUAUAAACAUGCUAUCAAUUUUUGUUUAUUUAAAUUAAUCUUAAUUUUUAAAAUAAUCAAUUCACAGAAUAUGUUCUUUGUGUAAGGAGUUAAGUUUUUAGAAAUAAUAGUAAGGUUUGCUUUAAAAUGAUUGCAUUAAAAAAUGUUAACCAUGUUAUGAGAAAAUAUUAAUACUUAACAGUCAACAUAUCAUUUGUUAUGUAUAUCAGUGAGUUCCAAAACUAUACUUCUUUAUGAUAUUUACAUUUUACUUGGGUCGUUAUUGACAUUUUCAAAAUAUGUAUAGGAUAAUAAGGGGGGAGCAAAUUAUGUACAACUGUAUGUGACUGUUGACCAUAAGAAGAUAUAUAGGAAUCUGACAAGAAUGACUAAUGUCACAGCAUCAGUGUAGAUUGGUUUAUUAUGAGGAACUUUAGUACUAUAAAUGAAAUCUGGAGCAAUAUAGCAGUGUUGAUUAAUGAUGUAUAUCAAUGGGGUCAAUUUUUGCAAUGGUUUGACUGUUUCUGGUCAGUUAGUUUUUUUCUGUUGUUGUAAUUAUUGCAGUGAGUUAAAAACCUUUUUAAAAAACCAUGUGAUGACCUUAAAUAAACAUAAGAGCUGGUUUGAAUAAAAUAUUGUCUAUAUUAUGCAUUGAAUUAACCAGAUGUUAAAAAUUAUAUUUAAAAAAAAAAAGUAAUUUGCAUCGACUGUAUUUUUUUGCUAAAAUACAUCUUUUAAUUGGCUGUGAAACAUUGGUGGGGUAUUUUCAGUUUGAGGUGACAUUCAAUCAAAGCAAUACACAAUUUGUAUAAAAAGGAAAUCAAGUUUCAUAAAUAUUCAAUUGCUUGUUCAUUAAGUAUAAAAGUGAUUCAUUUUUUUUUUUUUUUUUGGUAUACACUUUUCAUUAUUGCUAUGUUAUUAAUAUAAAAAUCUGUGUUAUACACAAUUUGUAUAAAAAGGAAAUCAAGUUUCAUAAAUAUUCAAUUGCUUGUUCAUUAAGUAUAAAAGUGAUUCAUUUUUUUUUUUUUUUUUUGGUAUACACUUUUCAUUAUUGCUAUGAUAUUAAUAUCAAAAUCUGUGUUAAUUUUUGUAUUGGUCCUAUUAAAAUAUUGAUGUUUUAGUCACCAGUGUUCAGGGUUUUCUGGGGCCCAUGAAGGAGGUAUCACGCCGAAAAGAAUAAAUUUUAAAGGUAAAAUAAAAGCGUGAGAUAGAGAUGUUUAACAUUUCCUGAAGUUCUUAAUUUGGUUCAUUUUCAAAAAUCAUACUUAACAAUCAGUUUUUCCAACUUAUCAUUGUAAAAAAAAAAAAAAAAAGAAUAAUUCUAUUUGCAGUUUUGAAAGCUGGUGACAAGUAAGUGCCUAGGGCCUUUCCUACAAACAACAAAAUCCGGCCCUGCCAGGGAUAAUUAUUAAAUUGAAAUGAGUCGGCACAUUAUAGGAAACAAUAACCUUCAUUUUCAGUUUACUUAAGAAACAAGUCUGAAACGGGUAACAGUAGUUCAAAAGUAUACAAAGAUAGUGCCUUUACCCUCUCUGGACUCAGACCUUUUAAACUAGACUUAUGAUUUCUGUAAAACAGAUGAUUCUUGUAAAUAUGAUACAUUAUAUUGUGAUAUGUACUUUUUGUUGUUGUCAACUUUAAAUGCUGAGCAGUUUGAUUAUUUUAUUUGGUUAAACUAACACUUGAUUCAUUAUUAUCUGUUUGGAUUAGGUUACACACUGCUUGACAAUUGAUAGGAGGUGUUGAACAUAGUUUGAAAUGCUCUCUUUUUAUAAUUUUAUUUUAAAGACUCAUUUCUUUUUGUCAAAAAAUACAUUUAAAAAUUGUGAUAAAUUGUAUGAAUUUUUUGGAAAUAUUGUGGUAAUCAUAAUCUUUUUAGUCACUGGAAUAGCUGAAAAGCUGUCAGAUACAAUCUGUUGUAGAAAAUUCAUUUCAAAUGACAUUUGUUAAAGAAAUUUUGAGAUGACAAAAAAAAAAAGGAGAAGAAAAAAAUUGUAGAUAACAAUGAAUUUAACAAAAUCUCUUUACCUUUUUUAAAAGUCUAUAUUGUUUGGCAUGAUCAUACCAGCAAUAUUCGGUCACAAGAAAGUUAAGUCACUCUCUUCAUUUUCUCAAUGUAAAACCUUUUAGAUGCUGAUAUAUUUUAUUUUAAAUGUGAUCAUUUAAAAGUAAGUUGAUUCUCAAUUAAUUUUACAUGCCAUAGCACAUCCCUAUAACUUGUGAUGUCAUUUUUGUUAGCUCGUUAUAGAUGAGAUUUUUUUUUUUUUACAGAUUGUUUGUAUUUUGUGGUUAUGGUUUAUUAAAAGGUAAUGGUAAAAUUACUUUGAUUUUCUUAAGCUGUGAUUACAGGCACUAUAAUUUAUACAACUUUUUUUUUGCCUCUGUAAUAAUUGCAUGUACAGUUAAAAUUUUAUCAAUAAUUUAAAAAAAAAACUUUGUGUAAAGUUUUUAUGAAAAGUUUUACAAAUUUAGGACAAUUAUAAUUCAACAUUCAUAAAUUCAUCGUACUGGCUGAAAGCAAAUUACAGAAAAAGAAAGACCAAAAAAAAAAUCCUACACAGAUUUCCAAAGAAACCAGUUCUUUAAAAACUCUAAAUGCCAAAAUAUUGUGUUUCUUUCUUUCCAUGGUUUGAUGGUUGAAGAAUAUUAUUUUACUCCUUGACAUAUUGAUUUAAUUAAAUGUGAUGUUGCUGCCCAAUGAAUAGCAGUGUACACCCUCCUAUUGAAGGUUACUCUACUUUUUAAGUGGUAAUGUAAAAGAUGUUAAAUGAAUUGAUUUUCAAUUCAGAAAUAAUGAAGAGCUUAUCUAAAUGAGCUGAUGGUCAUAGUGUGAUCCUAUGGAAAGUAUUUUACUCACUAAGGUAUUUUUUAACAGUUUUUUUAAUAUAUAUUUAAAAAUAAAAUAGGUUGUCGUAACAUGAUCAAAACUGUAGGACACACUAAACCAUGGAUAAACCGAGGCAUGCUCAAUUAUUUCACUGAAAAAACAGUAUUUUAAAAAAUCAAGUGCAUAUGACUGUCUGUCCGUCCGUCUGUCCAUACGUAACAGCUUGGUUUUUUCUUUUUUCCCCUCUUUUUUUGGGUCUCAUUUGAAUGUCUCUUUUUAACAUUGGUAUACACAUAUUUUUAAAAUUUAUUUUGGAUAUCCAGAGCAUGGAAAAAAAUCCCAUGUUUAAAAAAAAAAAAAAGUAGACAAUUUUUUUAAAAAUAUUUUUUGUCCGGAUUUAGAAAAUUAUAUCUAAAGAGAGAAUAACAAAUCAGAAAUCCAUAGCUGUUUUUUUAUUUUUAUACAUCAUGAAAUAGAUACACAUAGCAAUAGUGUUGGCUCUUUAAGAAAUAGAAUAACAUUAUUUAUAGGCUAUUGUAAGUGGGAGUGUUAGAUUACCACAGUUUUAUCAUAUUGGUAACUGAACUUGAGUCAAGACUAGUACCACUUCACUAUAACAUACUUUACUUUUAACACAAUUAUUUUCUGAUCACCUUUCACGGUACAACAGUAAAGACAAGAGUUAAUUUUCCAAGGACUCUCAAGUUGUAAAAAAAAAAUCAAAUUAUAUUUCAUUAAAUAUUUUAUAAAAAAAUCCAUUAGUUAAGAUGUAAGAGUGAUGUUUGUUUAAACAAGUUCUUUCAAACUAGCUGCUUAUUCAACUGCUCGUCAAUACCUUCACAGGAGUGCCAGUAAAACUAUUUGAUCUGUAGCUUCAUGUUCAUGUACUCAUAUCACACGCAUUAAAAAGUAGAAGUGAUUUACGUCAGUAGGCCUACGUAUUUCAUACCUAUAAUAAAGAAAAUCUUAACAUUCAUCUUUAAAUGAUCACAUUAAGUAAUCUGUGUAGCUUGGUGGUUUGUAGAUAUUUCAAACAUUUUUAUUGCUAAAGUUAUCCUGCCUUAUUUUUUUAUUUUAGUGGAAAGCUUGUAGACGGAUUUUUGUUUAAAAAAAUUUAGGUUAUAAAUUAUAAGAUGAAAUGUUAUUAUUUAUUUUUUAGUGGAAAGAAUGUAGAUGAUUUUUUUUGUUUAAAACUUUAGGUUAUAAAUUAUAAGAUGAAAUUUUAUUAUUUAUUUUUUAGUGGAAAGAUUGUAGAUAGAUUUUUGUUUACAUUUUUAGGUUAUAAAUUAUAAGAUUAUAAUAUAUAAUUAUAUUAUAGUUUGUUUUUGUGGGGUAAAAAUUAUGUGCAUUUCUCCCCCUGUUUCAUAAUUUUUGAUAUUAAUAGAUUUUGAUUUCUCUGACAGUCACUGUAAGAUCCUCUUUCUUUAAUUUAGGUUGCUGUCAAAUAUACUUUUCUGUUUGCUAAGCCUGCAUCAUUCUUCCUUGAUGUUGUGUGCAAUAAUAAUUAACAAUAAAAAAUAUUUACA